UUAUAGAUAUAUAAAAUAAAUACUAUUUAAAUAAAUAAUAAAAAGAAAUUUUUUGAAUUUUUUUUCAAUUCGAUUUUUUUUUCAAAAUUUGAAUUUUUAUUCUAGGGAAUUUCUCAUAAUAAUAGCAUGCAUUGAUUUUAAUCAUUGAUCCAUCCACCUAUCUAGAGAUCACCUUUUUAUUAUUUUGCAUUUCAGGUGGCAAACAAACCGUCAUUUAUGAUAUGGCAACUCGGGAGGUUCUACCAUUUUUAAUGUCAUACAAAUAAAAUAUGGUUAUAUUCAAUUUUGUUGGAGAAAGAAAAAAAUGGGGUAAAAUACUUACACACGUCAUCCAAAUAUGCAGAACCAGAGUUCUUACCUAUUCUUUCACAACUUUGGUGACUUCUUCAACCUCCAACUAACAAUCUUCAGUGGUAUGUCCCUUUCUUUCCCUACAAGGCACACUAAAAACACUGCAAAGUAUCUUUUGUCAAUCCCUUUUGAUAAUUUAUGAGACAUGAAGAAUAACAACCUUUGAUAAGAAUUGAAUUUCUUCACAAGCUGUGGAGCAUAUACUGAAAGACUUUUCUUUUGAAUGCCAAAUAAGGAUUCGAUCACCUUACUUCGAUCCAUAUCUUUUCGAAUUUGAUAAGAAUGUGCUGAAAAUUGAGAAGUAUAUUUUUCAUUUCAUCAAAAUGAUAAUAUAUUUGUUUGACUGAUAACAAACAUUACAUUUCUAUAUCUAUUGUAUCAAUAACUUUGACGUACAUAUCUAAUAAAUAAAUAAUAUAAAAUUCUCUUUAAUUCCUAGUUUGAAUUUUAAGAAUUGGGGUUUUCACAAUUCAUAAUACAAUUUUUUUAUUUUAUUUUUCAAAUACAAUUACCAUGAAAUCCAACAAAAUUGAAUAAUGUAAUUAUUUUUUGUCAGCAACGCAAAUAUUUCAUAGAAUUAGAAAAUUAGUGAAUUGAAUAACAUUAAAAUUUAAACUGACAUGAAAAUCUUAGAUGUAGAUAAAGUUGACAUAGCACAACAAGAGAACUUAUAAUGAAGUGAAAGAAGAUUAUACAUAUAUGGUCUAUGACAAGGUUCAAGUAGAAGUAAAACUGGACCAACAACAUAUGCAUAUGAUCUUGGAAAUUGUGGUUAUGGUUCUCUUUCUAGCUCUAAGCCUCGUGAAUUUACUAUCAGUGCUGCCAUAACAAUUCAUACACAAAAUCAUCAAUCGGACCUAAGAAAUCAAAAUCAUUCUUUCUUUUUACAUGGCAGUGCAGGCAUUUGCAUCUUUAACUUUUCAGCUAACUCUGGCAUCUGCAGUCGCCAACUGCCUUCCUUUACAGCCUACUACAUCAACAAGUUAAAAUAGGCCCGUUCUCAAAUAUUGGCCCAGGCCCAUUAGACUCUCCCGCAAUUAAACCUCAGUGACCGGAAAAUACUGAAAACUAACCGAAAAGAUGCAGACAUCCUUCUCGUUGAUCCAAACGGUGGCAAUCUCCGGCGUAUUCUCCGCCGUCUCUUGCUGGUAUGGAUUCAUGUUCGGUAGAGAAUCAGCCAGAAAAGAGCUGUGGUUUGAUCGAAGAAAUUUUCUAGCCUCGAUAUACUAAGGAUGGGAUGUUGCAACACUUCUCCCAUACACUUUUUUAUAUGAAAUGUUGACGAUGUACAUUAUUUUCACUGCCAAGGAGUAACAUAAUAUAUCUCAUAAUCGCUAACAUUGCCAUUGAAUUAUUUAAGUCGGAUCAACUGGGUUGGAUCUAGAACUGUAUUUAACAGGGGGCAUAUAAAUUGUUUCGCUAUAUUAAUUAGAUAUAUAGGGGUCAUUGUCAUUGAUUAACCUUGCUUAAAUAAAAUGAAAAAUGAGACAUGGCACGUG